GGCUUCUGUCUGUAUGUCUGUCUGUCUGUCCAUGCACAGUACUCGCACACACACACCGCGUCCACAGAGACAUGUAAAGGUCUCGGAUUAUGUAGUGUGCGUGUGAUCUAGCAGGGUCUUCCAUGAUGGACCUCAGGUCGGAGCUGCUCAAGUCCGUGUGGUACGCCUUCACCUCGCUGGACGUCGAGAGAUGCGGCAAAGUGUCGAAGUCGCAGUUAAAGGUACUCUCCCAUAACCUGUACACAGUGCUGAACAUCCCACAUGACCCCGUGGCCCUGGAGGAGCACUUCCAGGAUGAUGACGACGGCCCGGUAUCGAAUCACGGCUACAUGCCCUACCUUAAUAAAUACAUACUGGACAAGGUCAAAGAGGGGACAUUUGACAAGGAGAAGUUUGACGACCUGUGCUGGAUGAUGACGAUGAAGAAGAACUACCAAAUGCCAGAGGGGAAGCUGUUGUCCAAGAGAGAUGCCUUCAAACUCUUCUGUUUGUUCAACUUGCUGUCUGAGGACCGUUACCCGCUGGUCAUGAUACCAGAAGAGGUGGAAUACCUGCUGAAGAAGAUCUCCACCACCAUGAGCCAGGAGUGGGAUGGGAGGCCGUUGGAGGACUUGCUGUUCCACGAUGCCUCGCUGGCUGAAGUGGGCAUGUCCGUCUGGAGCUUCCUGCAGCACAUGGGCACUGGCCGCCUGCUGAGGGUCAGCAGCACCGAGGCCUUCAGCCUGGCCCUGGACCAGGUCUACCUGGAGAUGUACCACAACGUCCUCAAGAGGGGUUACAUGUGGAAGAAGGGGCACUUGCGUAGGAACUGGACCGAGCGUUGGUUUGUGCUGAAGCCCUCCUCCAUGGCUUAUUACGUCGGUGAGGACCUCAAGGACAAGAGAGGGGAGAUCCAGCUGGAUAACAGCUGCACCAUAGAGACUCUUGCAGACAGGGAGGGGAAGCGCUGUCUGUUCUGUGUGAAAACCUACAAUAAAACCUAUGAGAUGAGCGCCUCCGACCAAAGACAGAAGGUGGAGUGGACUCAAGCCAUUCAGACCGCCCUCCGUCUCCAGAGCGAGGGCAGGUCGUCCCUGCACCAGGAACUCAAACUGAAGAGGCGGGUCCAGCGGGAGCACAGCCAACGGGAGCGCAGCCUGAGCGCCCGCAGCAGCUGCAGCAGCAGCCGCAGCAGCCAAUCAGACGACUCGAACGCCCACGAACUGGAAAGAGAGAAGGAACAACAGGACCUGGAGAUAGAGAGCAUCAUCCAGCAUGCGCGGGAGCUGGAGACUCGGCGCAGAGAGGAGGAAGAGCGGGAGAGGAAAAAACAGAGGGAGGUGCAGAUGGAGCUGGAGAGACAGCUCAAAGAGGCGGAGAUGCUGAGGGAGCGCAUGAAGGCGGAGAUGGAGGUGAAGGAGAGGGAGGCUGAGCAACAGAAGAGGAGAAUCCAGGAGCUGGAAAUGACUCAGAUGAAACUCGAGGUUGCUCUCAACAUGGAGAUACAGGCCCACCUGGAGGAGGAGAGGGCCAAGCUGGAGCUGGAAAGGUUGCUGCUGGCUGAAGAGGAGAAGAAGAAGCAGUGCAAGCUCCUCCAGGAGCAGCAGAGGACCCUGGGAAGAUUCAGCCCCAUAGAGGAGGCUUCAGAUGAAGCUACGGAGAAGGAGGACACCCCCUCAGCCCUCCACUGUGCCUCUCAGGAGCUCCUGCAUCUGCGUGAGUCCUGCCAGAGGAGUCACCAAAAUCUGGAGGAGGCUCAGGAGAAGCUGAGGAACGCCAGCCAAUAUGUCCGCCACUGGAACGUGCAGCUCAACCGCCUGAUGACACCAAUCAGCCCUGCAGAACGACUAGAACAGCGCCUGUCGUCAAAACGCAUUUGUCCGAAAAAGGAAGGUGCACUGGCCAGUAAUGAGUUUAUCUCCAAAUUCAAGACGAAAGCCUUUCAAAACAGCCAGUCCCCAGAGGACAUGAAGGGACUUGAGGAGCACAUGAUGGCUGCCAGCCUGUCAGAUACGCCACACGGAUCACAUGCCAACCCCAAUGGACAAAGCUGAUCAUGAUGGCUAAGGGAACAUUUUAAUAUUUACAGAUUAUAAGAGGUCCGGAGAUGAGUAAUGUUGUUCUUUAGCCAGUUUACAUUCACACCCAACUCAGAUGCUAUCAUGUUGAACGUGAAAGGGUUGAAAGUUAUACAAUAAUCAAACAACUGUGCGCAACCACUAUAUAAUAUUUAUAUUAUAUUUUUGAAAAAAAAACAUGCUUAGAUGGAAAAUUAUAAUAAGAAAUAUACUGUGAUUUUCUAAGAUUUGCAAUUUUGUAAAAUAAAAAUUUGUCUGAUUGAUGUAGGAUAUGACAUUGCCGAUGUCUCUGCAAUUCUUAUUACGAGUAUUUAUGUAUCCACUUAUGAGGUCAUUGCAUGGUUUGUUGGACGCAGUUUGAACAACUUCUCCGAUUGACACUAAACUCUGUGACAGAUGUAAUAUAAAGUAAC